AUGCUUCUCAUUUUCCCGCCAAAACAGCUUUUCCAACUUCAAAACGAAAAUCGACGAAUCGAAGAUCGAAACUUUCUGAAGAGAGAGUGAGAGAUGGAGGCGGAGAAAGCAGGGGCGUCGUUGGACUCGCUGAUCGCCGGGUUUAACAGUCGGAUCUCGGAGCUCCAAGAGCUCGCUAUUGCCCGAAACAUGUACCCGGCCAGCAGCGUCACCGAUUUGACGUCCGUCGACGCCGCCGUGAAGGCCAUGGAGCUUCAGGUCCAGGCCAUCAAGGACCGGGUUCGCGACGAAACCCUAGCCAUCCCCAAAGAAAAACUGGUACAAUGUGAUGCAUCGCUGAAGCAGCAAAGGAAAUUGAAGGAUAUGUCAUUUUAUGCCCCCACUCAUGUUCCGGAAAGUAUGUCAAUGUUGAAUUUGGAUACAAACAGAUGGCAAAAGCUCUCAGCAAAACAAUGGUUUGGUUUUGGGACCUUCAAGCUUGAGAAGGAUCCUGCACCGCCGCCUAAAGAGAAAAAGGGUCGUUCCACACCCCCAUUGUGGUUUAGAAGUGCUGAAGAGCUGGAAUGCUGGAUUCCUUGUCAUCAUACAGUAGGCUGUUGUGUAUCUACUCCAUGGUGGGUAAGUAUUGAAAAAAGAGGUCUUCUGUAUCUAGCUUUGUUAUGGCGUCAUUUUCUUGCUCAGAGUAUUACUAACUGCAUAUACAUGAGAGGAAGGCUUACACUAGAGAAGGUCAACACAGCUAUUAAUGACAUGGCAACAUAUGCUGAAGCAAAUUAUCAGCUCAUAGCUGCUCCAAAGAAGAAUGUGGCAGGAGAUCGAUGGGAAAAAGCCUUGGAAAUAAGAGAUAUAGUAAUGCAUGAAGCAGUAAAGGGAAAACACUUCUUUCUCGAAACUGACAUGAAGGGACCAUCCUUGAAGCUUGACAACACUGGAAAAGCAAUACUAACAGUCCUUCGUCACCUUGGUCGUUUAAGUGAGACACGGAUUGGUCAUAAUCGGGUGAUCAUUCUUUUGCCUCCAAAGAGGAGAAAAUGAUUUCUACGACCUCAAAAGAAAUGCUAUAUAUUAAGCUGUUGUAUAUCUACUCCAUGGUGGGUAGAUAUUUAAAAAAGAGGUCUUCUGUAUCUAGCCUUCCGGAAGGCUUACACUAGAAAAGGUCAAUACAAUAUUAAUGACAUGGCAACAUAUGCUGAAGCAAAUUAUCAGCUCAUAGCUGCUCCAAAGAAGAAUGUGGCAGGAGAUCGUUUGGAAAAGGCCUUGGUCCUUCGUCACCUUGGUCGUGUAAGUGAGACACGGAUUGGUCAUCAUCAGGUGAUCAUUCUUUUGAAGCCUCAUUGAUAGGGCUUGUCUUCUAGACAAAUGUAUGCACUGUUUUCAAUCCUUUUCUGCUUCGGAUGAAACUCACAGCUCCUACACUGGUUACUUGUCAACAAUCAUGCAGGUGACAGGAAAUCGUUGCCAAAACGCGGGGAUUAAAAUACCUAAUGGACGCAGUAUAACGAUUAAU